AAUUGUGAUUCAUAUAUACCGCGAAACACUUUAUUCCGUGACAUGACUUAUCAUAAUAAUGGCUUCCGUGUACAGAUUUUCUACAAACAAGAAUUCAUAAGGAAUAAUAAUAGUAUAUGUCCUACUCAAUUAAUCUUUCACGUGAAUUUUAUUCCAUCUGAGAAUCGUUCGUGUGAAAUAGGAGGCCACUGAAGUAAGGAAAUUCGCCUUAGUUUCCAUGCAAGAUAGAGAUCUGUUUGUAUCCUCGGGAAUGUACAUCACCGAGGUGAACAGUAACCCCAGAAAGUGUAUGAAGGUUUAUUGGAAAGAAGUAAUACAGUUUAUUUCUUUAAUGUUUGGGGAAAUAUCUACUCAAUGUAAAUAUUAAUUAAUUUAUGUUUCAUUAACAUUUUUAUUAACGAUUGCUGUAUAGUGACAAGAUGACAAUGAUAGCUUUGUUGUAAGGAAUAUAUUGAGCAAUAAGCAGAGAUAACUUUUACACGGGUUUCUGCUUUAUGAAGGUGCAAUAAUAUUAUUGUUAGUGAGGUUAUUGCACUCAAUUUAGGUAUGAAUAACUUGUGCUGGAGAAUGUUCUGAUGUUCAGCAUAACCUCACUAGAAAUGUGAAACUGAAGUCUAGUGAAUUGAAAUGAUCUCCUGUUGACUGAAAUAUAAUUGGUUUCAACAGGAAUAAGUUGCUACAUUACUUGAAGUUUCAAGUAGUCAUGGCUCAACAAUUUAGAACUACAUUUACAAUAGUCAACAAAAAUGUACUCCAUUGGUUUCCUGGACAUAUGGCCAAAGGUCUUAAGCAGAUGCAAGAUAAAUUAAAAGGUGUGGAUUGCAUCAUUGAAGUUCAUGAUGCUCGUAUUCCUUUGUCUGGACGUAAUCCAAAUUUUAAAUUUACAAUAAGUGGUGUGCGACCACACAUUCUGGUCUUAAAUAAACGUGAUUUAGCUGGAAAAGACUUGGAAAGAGACACACGAUCCAGACUGCUGCAAGAUGGAAAUGAACAUGUUUUGUUCACAAGCUGUAAGGACCAGAAGUGUCGAGGCAUCAAACAGAUCGUUCCUUUGGCAACAAAACUUAUUUGUGCCUCAGAUCGAUACAAUCGCAGUGAAGAAAAAGAACUUUCUAUAAUGGUUAUUGGUGUUCCAAAUGUUGGUAAAUCAUCUGUUAUUAAUACAUUGCGGAAUCUACGGUUGCGAAAAGCGAGUGUUGCAGCUGUUGGAGCUAAACCGGGAAUCACUCGAGCAGUGCAGACCCGCAUCAAGGUCAAUGAAGAUCCCCCUGUCUAUCUUUUGGACACUCCUGGAAUUGUGGCCCCUUCCAUAGCCAAUGUGGAGGCUGGCCUUCGUUUAGCACUUUGUGCAACGCUUCAAGAUCAUUUGGUUGGAGAAGAAGUUAUUGCAGACUAUUUACUAUAUAGCUUAAAUAAAAGGAAGAACUUCCGGUAUGUUGAUGAAAUGAACCUGGAGGAACCUGUAGAUGACAUAAGAAUUGUUUUAGCAACAAUAGCUGUAAAAAAGAAUAAAAUGAAGAGAGUAAGAGAUUCAGGUAAUCAGUAUCUUCAAGUUCCAGAUUUGCGUGCCGCAUCUUAUCAUUUUAUCCGGGCAUUUCGUGAAGGAAAGUUAGAGGGUAGACAAGGGAAGAGUCUGAUGUCCACACCACAUUUAAGACAUCCCUUUUCCAGUCAAGAAUCCACUAUUCAUUUACAAUUUCCUUCCACUGAGACAGUAGGGGACCAAUCUUCAAGAAUGAAUGAUGAUGAGACA